AUGGGUGCUCUGAUGGGAUCUACUGUCGGUGGUAUCAUGGGCUUCAUCGGUGGAACUGUCACCAUCUUCCAGUACGGUGCCGGUCCUAACGGUGUCAUGCGCACUUUGGGCAAGUACAUGGUUGGUUCUGGCGCUACUUUCGGUCUUUUCAUGUCCAUUGGUAGUGUGAUUCGCGCUGAAGGACCUCACAACGAUGCUUGGCUCCGUGCUCGAGGACCCCCAAUGAUCCUACCCCGCCAAAAGCCCUUGCAGCAGAUGCGCGAAUAG